AUGGCACAGCAUACUCUGGGUUAUUACGACACCAUCGCCGGUCUAUCGUCACUUGAGUGCUCGCACAAGGCUCACAUAUCGCCAGAACAAUUACAAGCGCUCUGUAAAAUUGAUCAAGAGGCGAGAAAAACCAGAGACGAAGCAUGCGAUGGACGCCUGGAAAACGAUCUCAGAGAAAGAAGAUGUAUUCCUGUGCACGGAUAUUUGAGCAAAAUAGAUGCCCAGAUAUCACUGGAUAACGUAAAUGAGCUUCAGCAUACGCUAUUAGGCGGCCACGUUCCGCGUGCACAGCUAGAGGCUCUUUCGAGCACGGACUUUGCCAACUACUUCCACAAACUAAUAGACUUUGACAAGGCGAUACAGGCGUUCAAUUUUUACGUUACCCAUUCCGCUGUCAAUGCUACUGCAGCAGUCACACCAACUCCACCGCUAAGUGCGACUCCCACGGUGCCAUUGGCUGCUGGAGGGACAAGUGAGUCGAUUGAGUCUGUCAGGAAACCCAAACCACUAGCGAGCAACAAUGGCGGUGUGAAAAAGGUUAUACUUUGCAAGAGAUGCAAGGCCAGAUUUAGUGGGCCACGAAGGUUUACCAACAUGAAGAAACACAUGUGCAUGAGAGGGUAG